UUCUCUCUUGUUUGGAUUACAAAACACCACAACAGCGCCAUAAUAUAUUAAAUUGCCUACAUACGUCUGUGUUAGUGCGUUUUAGGUAGAGGCUACGUCGCAAAAUGUCGAAGAAGAAAGGACUAAGCUUGGAGGAGAAGAGGACUCGCAUGAUGGAAAUUUUCUUUGACUCAAAAGAUGUGUUUCAGCUGAAAGACAUUGAGAAGAUUGCACCUAAGACCAAAGGCAUAGCUCCCAUGACAGUGAAGGAUGUGCUGCAGAGCCUGGUUGAUGACAACAUGGUGGACUGUGAAAGAGUUGGUACGUCCAACUACUACUGGGCCUUUCCCAGUAAGGCCUUAAACACUCGCAAGCACAAACUGGAAGAGCUGCAAAAACAGAUUUCUGAAUUAAAGCAGCGCAAAGUGUCUCUGGAGAAGGCGGUUGAAAAGGCCAAAGUAGGACGUCAAGAUACAAAAGAAAGAAGCUCUCUGCUGAAGGAAGUGGGGGCUUUGAGAGAGGAGCGAACGCAGCUGCAGGCUGAGCUGGAGAAAUACCGAGAGUGUGACCCAGAAGUAGUGGAGGAGAUGAGAAAAUCAAAUGUUGUUGCGAAAGAAGCUGUUUCCAGGUGGACAGACAAUGUGUUCGCCAUCAAGUCGUGGACAAAGAAGAAGUUUUCCUACGAUGACAGCCGCAUUAAUAAAGCCUUUGGGAUCCCUGAGGACUUCGACUACAUGGACUGACUGCCCGCGUUUCUACCAGAGUUCAUGGAUGCAGUUUAUGGGAAAAUAUGUUUUGAAGAUUCUGUUUGAAGCCUACAUACCUGGUCCCUGCAUUUCUAGUUUCUGUUCUGUGUGUUGGAGUGAAGAUUGCACCAGGAUUCACGUCUAUGGCAUGGGGUGGGCUUUCAAUAAGGACAGGAAACGGUGAUUUCGCAGCAGCAGAUGGACUUUAUCAGCAGAUACUGUGUUGCUUUGGUGCAACCAGAGAAGAAACUGAAUGACCCAUUAGUGCCUGUUCGAGGUGACAGGUUUCUGUGAUGAACACAACUUAGCAGCCGGACUUUUGGGACACCUGUUUGCAUGAAAACUGAGAGCUCCAAGUUGAUGAUGGAAAUGACUCAACGCUUAACACAUCUGUGCUGCCAGUGAAUUCGUUUUUAUGGCUAAAACAGAUGGUUUGGAACGAAAUACUCGGGCACUUUUUUCUUUCGUUUUUCAACUUCCAGUAAUCUUAAGAAACAAAAAGUGCAUUGAGAGUGAUGGCAGAUUACAGAGGAUAUGUUUAGGUUAUGUGUACUCUGCUGGUAAUACUUAGUUUUUAAAGUACAUUUAUUCUCUGUACAACCUCUUUUGGUGCAAAGAAAUUGGCCCUCUGAGUUUUACAGGUAUGUUUCUAGAGUUAAAAGAAUUCUUUUGCAGUGUCUGCAUGUGUUUACAAAAGGCCUCCUAUCUUUCACUUUAAUUUCUGAAUAAAUUACCACCGGAACAUAACAAAAUCCUUCAAAAAAAAGCACUGCAUUUUUUUUUCCUUUCAGGCCUGCACACUCACUUUCUGUAUGAACCAAAAAAAGGAACACUGUUGUCAUGACAUGCCUAGAAUGAUGAUCGCUCUGCCUUUUUUCCUCCCUUUUUUCUGCCAAACUAGAUGCAAAACAGGUUGUUGUGUGUUGUGAGUUUGCUCAGUGGCCUACUUGACAAGGCCAAUGUGUCUGGGUUUGUUGAUUUAAAUUUCAAAUGUGCUUCGUACUUGUCUUCCUUUACUCAUCCAUUUGUUUUUUUUCCCCCCAGUGCAUGAGUUAUAUGCAAAUAUAUUUCUCGUUGAUUUGCAACUUCUCAGCACAAGUUACUGUUUCUGCAAACUGUUAAAAAAACAAGCUGGUAGUAAAACACUAUUUUUCUGAAUAAAAGUUUUGUAUUUGUAA